AUGGCUUCCAGCUCCAGCUGUAGGGCAUGGCAUUGCUUGCUUGCCCUCUUCCUCCUCUCCUCGGCCGCGUAUGGUCAGCUGUCGCCGUCAUUCUAUGCGAGGAGCUGCCCGACGUUGCAGCUGAUCGUGCGCGCCACCAUGAUCAAGGCGCUCCUCGUUGAGCGCCGAAUGGGCGCGUCCCUCCUCAGGCUCCACUUCCAUGACUGCUUUGUUCAAGGCUGUGACGGGUCCAUUCUCUUGGAUGACGUGGGUAGCUUCGUGGGCGAGAAGACGGCCGCCCCGAACAAUAACUCGGUGCGGGGCUACGAGGUGAUCGACGAGAUCAAGCGGAACGUGGAGCUGCUCUGCCCUGGCGUCGUCUCCUGCGCGGACAUCGCUGCUCUCGCAGCACGGGACGGCACGUUUCUGCUAGGGGGGCCCAGCUGGGCGGUGCCGCUCGGCCGGCGCGACUCAACGACGGCCAGCCUGACCGAGGCGAACGCAGACCUCCCAGCUCCCUUCUUAACCCUGGACGGGCUCGUCAUGGCGUUCGACAAGAAGAAGCUGAGCCCGCGCGACCUCACGGCGUUAUCCGGCGCGCACACCAUCGGCUUCUCGCAGUGCCUCAACUUCCGCGACCACAUCUACAACGGCACCAACAUCGAUCCGGCGUUCGCCACACUGCGCAAGCGUACCUGCCCCGCCCAGCCCCCCAACGGCGACAUGAACCUGGCGCCGUUCGACGUGCAGACGCAACUCGUCUUCGACAACGCCUACUACCGCAACCUGGUCGCCAAGCGCGGCUUGCUGAACUCCGACCAGGUGCUCUUCAACGGCGGCUCCCAGGACGCGCUGGUGCGCCAGUAUAUCGCCAACCCGGCGCUCUUCGCCUCCGACUUUGUGACGGCGAUGAUCAAGAUGGGGAACAUCACACCGCUGAUUGGAACCGCCGGCCAGAUUAGGCGCAACUGCAGGGUCGUCAACAGCUGA